AUGACCUACUCCAGCCCCCCGAUCAGCUCUCCCAGGAGGGCUAGCCGAUUACAUAAUCGAGCCCCCCUCCCUCGCCAACCACAGCUCGCCCAUGAGUUUACAAACCCCCGCACUCUUUUAGACAGUUCCGAUCCGUACGAUCAUCUCGGCUCGUCCGAGAUCAUCCCCUUAACGGCUUCAGGAGAUUCAGAGUCAAAGCGAAGAUUAACCAGAGAUCUCGUAUUAGAAGUUGCCUCGGCCCGGCACCCUGACCACUAG